AUGGAUUCACUCGCCCUCAACGCCAGCCGGUGCGCCACCGGAACCUUCGCCAACUUGACCCUUCCGGGAGCACAACUGCAGUUAGUCGAAGCGAACCUUGUCACGGACUACAGCUUCAACGUUCCCAAGGGAUGGACGUACUCUCAGCCAGCCCUCGACGUGCAGAAUGCCACGUUCUGCAAUGUGACAGUCACAUACUCUCACUCAGGACAGAACGACACCAUUACCGCAGAAGCAUGGCUGCCGACUGAGGAGAACUACAACGGCCGACUCCAAGCCGUCGGCGGUGGCGGUUGGACACCCGGUCGCUUCAUUCUGAGCUACUCUGCCAUGAUCAACGCGGUCGCAGACGGUUACGCCACUGUCACUACAGAUGCCGGGAUCCCUAACACUCAGAACCCCGCCGACUGGCUUUUGAAGAGUCCGGGAAACCUAGACACCAAUGCUCUUCAGAACUUUGGCCAAGUCGCCAUCAAAGAUAAGGCAAGUUUUAGAGACGCCAUAAUUGCGAAGCAGGUCAUUGAUGCAUACUACGGCCAGCCCCCUCUUUACUCUUACUGGAACGGCUGUUCCCAGGGCGGCCGCAUGGGUAUGAAGAUGGCCCAGCAGUAUCCCGGCGUGUACGAUGGCAUCUCGGCUGCCGCACCUGCACUCAAUUGGGCCGAGUUCUACAUCAACUCAAUCUGGCCCAGCUUCUACAUGGAGAACACCCAGCAGUUCCCACGAGACUGCGAGUUAAACGCGCUGACCUCCCUCGGGAUCUCUGCCUGUGAUGAGCUCGAUGGCUUGAAGGACGGACUCAUCAGCGACCCCGACGCCUGUCGUGCCAAGUUUGAUCCCUUUCAACAUGUCGGCGACUCGUUCCAGUGUUCAACCACCAACACCACUCUCCAAAUCAGCCAGGCAGCUGCCGCAGUCGCCAACGCUUCCUGGACCGGACCUCGAUUCUCCAACGGCAAGUUCAUGUACGACGGCUACGAGAUUGGCAGCGACCUUGCUACGAUUGCCCCGACGAACUGCACCACUGCAACCUGCACCAGUGCAGGUCUCGCGAACAUCCUCUUCGCUUGGCAAACCUUUGUUGAGAAGGACUCCGGUGCGACGCUCCCAAACAUCACUGAUGAGACCUUCGACACCAUCUACCGUUCCGUCAAGUUGGUGUUCGCUUCGAACCUCGAGACUGAUGAGGUGGACCUGCGAGACUUCAGAAACGCCGGUGGGAAGCUCAUCACGUACCACGGACUGGCUGACCAGAGCAUUUCGCCCGGGGGCACUCUUCGCUACUACAACAAGGUCAAUGACUUUGUCGGCAAUGCUUCUUCUUUCUACAAGUACUACCGAGUGCCUGGCCUUGAGCACUGCUGGGGAGGCAAAGGCGGUCAGCCGGAGGCAAUCUUUUCACAGCUUCGCGCCUGGGUGGAAAACGGCACUGAACCUCAGUCUUCCCCUGUCGUUGUGAAGACGCUCGACGACACGUACCAGCAGCAGAUUCUCUGCCCCUACCCCCAGAAGGCACUUUUUGAUUCUUCUUGCGGUACCUCGAACUCAACCGCUUGCUGGUCGUGCUCGCAGUAG